AUGACGACGGAAUACCAUGACAACAUUGACGAGGACAGCAGUUCCUUCUGGAACAAAGAACCAUCCAUCAGCCCUCGCUCAAGAGUGUCCAGGCUCAGCCGCCGCCUGUUUCCAAUUCUGACCGUAGCAGCCAUUUUGAUACUGAUGAUCGCACUGGGAGCCAGCUAUUCAAAGAUGGCGAGUCGUUUGUCGUCGGCGGAACGCGGUUUUUCCAAUUUCAGCCAAUCACUCAGUGGUAUCCAGCAGCUUGCCGCAGAUGCUGCCAAAGAUGUGGAACGACUCAAGUUUGUGGUGUCGAAUAACAAACAAGAGCUGCAGACGACAUCCGAGGCCUUAAAACAGCUAGCCACUCUGAACACCAUCAGCAGGACGGUGGCCACGCUCAGAUGUUCGCUUGACCGUCUCCUCAACAACGGUUCGACAUCGGCAAGUGCCACCUGCUGUCCUUUGGACUGGGUGAGUUUCAGUUCCAGCUGUUACCACUUUAGUCGCUCGCUGAAGUCCUGGCACGAUGCGCGCGACUGGUGCAACGGACACGAGUCGCACUUGGCCAUCAUCUUGACGGACGAGGAGUGGGACUUUGUGCACGACCACGCAGCGGGUCGCUUCUACUGGGUGGGCCUGACUGAUGAAAGGGGCUCCUGGGAGUGGGUCAACCAGACGCCUUACGUUAUGAACCGCAGGCGCUGGCGGCCCGGACAGCCCGACAGUUGGACCCACCACGGCAUGGGACCUGGUGACGAAGACUGCGCUCACGUGCACAGUGACGGUCGCCUCAACGAUCUGCACUGCUCUAGCAGGCUGCCGUUCAUCUGCCAGAAACACGCCUGA